AGGAAGUGGCCUCUGCGAGGGUGACGUGUUGGAGCGCGCGCGGAGCCCGCUGCGGGGAGACGGCCGCGAUGGAAGCGCUGUAUCAUCAGACCAACAAGCAAGUCCAUGAGGUCCACUCAUACAUGGGACAGCUCGAGACUUCAGACAAGCAGUCAGUCCACUUGGUGGAAAACGAGAUUCAGGCCAGGAUAGACAAGAUCUUCAGCAGCUUGGAACGCCUGGAGAUCUUUUGCAACAAGGAACCUCUGAACAAGCGUCAGAAUGCCAAACUCCGAGUAGACCAAUUGAAAUAUGACAUCCAGCAUUUGCAGACGGCCCUAAGAAACUUCCAGCAUCGACGUUAUGCGCGGGAGCAGCAGGAAAGACAGCGCGAGGAGCUUUUGGCCCAGACGUUUACAGCGAAUGAUUCUGACACCACCAUCCCAAUUGACGAAACGUUACAAUUUAAUGAGUCCCUUCAAAAUGCGCAUCGUGGCAUGGAUGAUCUUAUUGGCAGCGGGACCAGCAUCCUACGGGGCCUGAGGGAUCAGAGAGUGACAUUGAAGGGCACCCACAAGAAGAUCCUGGAUGUUGCCAACAUGUUGGGCUUAUCCAACACCGUCAUGCGCCUCACUGAGAAGCGGGCCUUCCAGGACAAGUACUUCAUGCUGGGCGGCAUGGUGCUGACCUGCGUGCUCAUGUUCCUCGUGGUGCAGUAUCUGACGUGAGCAGCCUGUGGGCCGGAAGCCCUCUCGUGAACGGUGCUGGACUUCUUUUCUGCCUGAGACUUCCACCAUAACUGUGAACUCCUGCCUUUGGGAUUGGUCGUGUUCUCUGUACGGCUCCUGCAAGAUGGACAUUUGGUGAUUUGUGGGCUGAAUCACUUGGUGAUGAUUGGCACAUGUCACACUGCGCAGUACUCAUGUUUUAAUGCCAUUCUUCAGUCGUGCAGUGGGCCUGUUGCCCACAUGAUACGUGACUAUACGUGAGACAUGAGCAGCAUGGAUGUCCGGGAAGUGAUGGGACCGGGAGUCUCUGUCCUUGUGCUCCUCAGAACCAAAUGCACAACUGCAAAGGGUGGCUGAGAAGCAGCCAUCUGGUGGGACUUGUUGGAGUCGGCUCAUUCCAGUGCUGGGGGCAGGGGUGGGCCUCACAUGGGCUGGGGAGAGUUUCAUUCUUCCCACAACGGUUGAAAUAAAUGGAUCUCCCCAUA